AUGGACUUUGAAGAAGAAAUUUUAUUGCCCAAUGACUACAAAUACUAUCAUAAUAACUUUGAUAAGAGCCAGUUCAACUUAACCUUGAUCAACAGUGCCAUUUAUUUGAUCAAGUUAUUGUACCUUGAAGACCAGGAGGUGGAAAUCAAUCCUUCUAACUUGAGGUUCUUUAUUUUGCAGGUUUUGAAGAGGUCAAAGACUUCGAUCCAAAUCUUGCAAAUUGCAUGCCUUUACUUGAUGAAACUCAUCAAGAAAAGGAAUGACGAAAAGGUUAAGUCGUUGAAAAAUCCCAAACAUUUGUUUUUGGGGUUGGUGAUCUUGGCCUCUAAGUUCAAUCAAGAUGCUAAUUACUCCUUUAAAACGUGGGUGAAAAUCUUAGGGUUGGAUUCGGAGGACAAGAACCAAAUAAAGUUGCUAAAGACAUUGGAAAUCGACUUAUUGCAGGCGUUGGAAUAUAAUUUGUACGUCAGUAAUGCCACCUACGAAAACUGGUGCAAUGUGUUGCUUAUUUUUGGGUAUGAUUUCAUCAAGGUUCAAAAGAUCUUGGCUGAUAGUUCGAAGAGUGAAGUAGUUUGGGAAAGUGAUUCUGCGUUGAUUGAUUCCAAACUCGGUAAAUGGGGAAUAUUCUUUUCCAAUUUGAAUGUGAAAAAUCUUGAUGCAGUUGAGAUCAAGUUCAUUAAUUACUACUUGAGUCAAUUCAACUUGAAGAUUUUUAUUUCCAACUCCUUCUUUGUCAAGAGAACAAUUGAUGAUGUGAACGAUGCCGAUGAUAGCGACUUGAACGAUAAAGUCAAACUUUCUUGUAAGUAG